AUGAGUUCGCCUAAGACAACGGAACCAACUCUGCCCAUCCAUCACGAUUCUGAAGUUGCUGAUUAUGAUGAUGGGGAUGUUACUAGGAGAAAUGAGGAGGAGGCGGCCGCAGCGACUGGCACUGAGGCCCAAUUCGAAGUUACUGUAUCACCUAUGGAGUUCAACAAGCUGUUCAGAUCAGGAUCAAUGACGAUUGAGGAUCAAGGCGUUACAGUGAGUGUAACAGACCCACAGACUAAGCGUGCUGGGCCUGCGGGUAUACAUAAGAUUACUACCUAUGCUGUCACUGUAACUGGUGCCUCUGGUGUCAGUAGUAAUACUCGGAAGAGGUAUACGGACUUCACAGUUCUCCGGGAAGAACUGGUCCGGUCGCUUCCGGGUAUGUUUGUACCUCCGUUGGCCAGUAAGAGCCAAUUCCAUGUCCUAUUGAAGCAGCCAACCACUGCCGUUAUGAACCAGAUUAAGCCUACUGAUCGUGUUAUUGAGGCCAGAAGGCAGUCUCUCGAGGAGUUUCUCACCAGAUGCUGUGCCCGUCCAUGGCUUCGCAACUCCCCUAUUAUGGCGGCCUUUCUCUCGACACAAGAGAAUACAUAUGAGACAGCGAAGAAGGAAUUCGCUAGUAAAUCCAUGGAAAGUUUGAUAGAGGACUUCAAUCGUGCUAUAUACGAUAGGGAGGUCCCUGAAUUCCAAGCGGGCUUACAACGUGAUGUCAGUGCUGCUGUUGAAGGAGGAGAGGAUGAUCAUCAGAAGCAGCAGCAGGAGGAUGGCAGUGGUAGCAAAGAGAAUGAGAAACCAUCAGACGAGGGUGAGAAUGGAGAGGAACCAGAAGAGGGUACUCCAGCAGAGAGCAGUGGAAGUCAGAUUGACGUGAAGCCGUUGUUGACCACUGCCAAGACUUAUCUAGGAGAUCAUAAGUCAGCAUUAAAGAAGUUACUCUCUCAACUGAGUACCUCUGCAGAGAGCUUUAAUAAGGCGACUACUGCUUUGGGUCUAUGCCAUUAUAAACUACAAGAUAUGAAUACUAUCGCUACUCAGGGCGCAGGCCAUGCCUUGUGUGCGGCCGAGAAUGAGAAGGAUAUUGUUAGGGUCAACUUGGCUGAUGCAUUCUAUGAGCAGAAGAAUAUAUUAUCAACUCCAGCGCAGGCAUUCCACUUGGAGUUAUUAGCAUCUGUUAUACAAAGAGAGGUUAUAGAUUGUUCAGCUAUGAUGGAGUCGUUGGAUAAGGUGGUGGAGCUUGGUGAUUCACGUGAUAAACUGAAUGAUAAGAUACGUCAGAAGAAGGGUGGUAGUAGUAGUAAGAAGGGUGGCAUGAGCAGUAUGUUGAAGCACCCUGUGAAGAGCGUCGAAGGUACCUUUAAGACCGCUACUGCAGCUGUUGGAGGUAGCGAAUCUAUGCAGAAGUUGUGUGACCAGAGGGAUAUGGUUGAGGCAUACUACUGGCGUACUGGCUAUAAUGCUACCAUCAUUGAGAUGAAGAAUUUUAUGCACAGCAAGACGGCAGUGUACAAUGAGGUGGCAAAGGAGUUUGUUAAAAGGACUACUGAGACCCAUAAACAAUUAGCUGAGCUUUGGGGUAAGGUUGCAGCCCUGAAUGAGGGAGAACAAGCUGCUGUUGGUCAACCAUCGGAUGGUAAUGAGUGAAUGAUAAGGACUAGCCAGUCGUUGUAGAGGGAUAUCAUCAUUGUCAUCAUUCAUGAGAUUUGCUCAAUUAAACUCAGAAUGUCUGGCUAUCAUUGCCAUUUUAGCAGUUCUCGCUGUUAUAAGGAUUGUUAUUAUAUAUGAUGAUUAUUGGGGGUUCCUACAACUAUUCAAAGGAUAUAGAGUCACCACCUCUGCGGUAUCGACCUUUCAUA